AUGGUCAACCAACAUGGCGCCGACGCGCUUGCCUCAUUGGCGAAGACAAUCCGUGCCGAGCUUCAGCAAAAGCUUUCCAGCGAUGCGUGGAUUCACCUGCCUUUCGAUGAAAACAAGACAGACUUCGACAAAGCCAAUCUCCGUUUCACUCAGUACGAGCGCCCAACGUAUCUCGCAGUUGUCGAUCCAGGUUGCGAGAACGAUGUGGUCGAGGUGGUGAAGUAUGCGCGGGAAAAGGGUAUUCCAUUCACACCGCGCGGCGGCCAUCAUGCGGUCACUACCACGAUGAGGCAUUUCCAAAACGGCAUAUGCAUCAACAUGCGCCCGCUCAACCAGAUGGGGUGGGACGCUGAGAAGCGGCAUGUUACGAUUGGCGGUGGAGCAAUCACCGAUGAGUUCGUGCGAUUCAUGCAUGAUUUGGGUAUGGAAGUUAAUGUAGGGUCAUGUCCUACGACUGGUGUCAUUGGCGUGGCCUUUGGUGCAGGCCUUGGGCGUUUGCAAGGCAAGUAUGGCUUUCUAAACGACAACAUGGUUUCUUGCAAGCUCGUACUCGCCGACGGAAGUGUGAUAGUUGCAUCCAAGAACUCACAUCCGGAUCUAUUUUGGGCCAUCCGUGGUGCUGGCCAUAAUUUUGGUAUUGCAGUCGAGGUUACAUUCCAGGUCUAUCCGCAGCCGCACGGAGGUAUACACCAUACUUGGGAUCUGGAGUAUACACUGGAUCAGUGCGAUGCGGUAUUCGAGACGCUAAAUAGCGUCUAUGAGACUAUGCCCGCUGAUUUGGCAAUUUUUGUCCUAUGGUUGCGCCAGAGCAGUGGUCGCAAGCACAUCAUUCUCGUCAACCUAGUCUGGUCGGGUCCAGCUGCGGGUGCAGACCCCUAUGUGCAGCGCUUCGAGUCCCUGGGCCCAGUCUUGAUCACAGGGCGGAAGUCCGUGCCAUGGCCAGAGCUACCUUUCACCACCUACAAAGAGAUAAAUAAGCUCUUUUGCAAUCCCGAAGUCUGGCUCCGAGGCCCCUAUAAGAUGAUGGGGGCCGCCUGCGUCGAUAAGUUUGAUCUCAAGACAACACGCGAGUUCUUUGAGAGUGUCAAAGCUAUGAGUGAGGAGUGGGAGGACCGCGGCUGGUUCAGUGCCAUGUUCGAAUGCCUACCUGAUCAGCGUGUUCGCGAGAUCCCCGACGAUGCGACAGCCUUUCCGUGGCGUGGAGGUUCGAAUCAUUUCCUCAUGCUGAAUGCGACACCAAAGCGAAUGGAAGACCGCAAGGUCUUCGAGAACCAUCUCGACUAUUGGAAGCAACGCUUCGUCGAGACGUCUGGGUACGGCCGUUUGCAGCAGUAUGUGAGCUAUGGUAAUGGCACGGCGUCCUUGAAGGACCCGCCAGAAGCACUGUACGGCUAUGAGCCCUGGAGAUUGGACAAGCUACGGCUUCUCAAGCAGAGGUAUGACCCUGACAAUGUGUUUCGAUGGUACCAACCGUUCGUCGAGUCAUGA